GCUUCUUCAACAGCGACAAAAGGCUUCUGAUUCAACCAACGUGGUGGUUUGCUAGCGAACAUUAAACCGAAACAUUGAAGCGUUUAAGACAAAUCUUGUGUAUAUUAUUCUUAGUGUUUUAAAAACAAUUCUGUUUACAUAUCUACUAGUUCAUUGAAACGUAGAUUGCUUGUUAAUUUAGCUAAUGUGUUAAAUUGAUACAGCAUUAGGCUAAUCGCCGGGAACAUGAGCUCACUAAUCUCGACGGAGAAAGAAGCUCUGGUGAAAGGAGAGGGAGAAGCUUUCAGGAUGAAAAGGGAGGAAGAGGAGGCUAUCUCAUUGAAAGAAGAAGAGGAUGAUAUUACAGUGAAAGAGGAAUAUGGGAAAGAGGUUGUGGAAGAGGAGGAGGUAGAAGCUUUCAGAAUCAAAAAGGAGGAAGAUGCCAUAACAUUGAAAGAAGAGGAAGCUAUCUCAAUUAAAGAGGAGGAGGAAGACGUUUUGGGAGUGAAAAAGGAGGAGGCUGAAGAGUCGAUUAAGACCAGAGAGAGACGUGACUAUCGUGGAUCCUCUGGGGAGCCUCAACAACAUCCUGAUGCUGACGAGGCAGAGAAGAGUCUCUCCAGAUCAGACCACCAGAUGGACAACGCUAGCCCUUCCUCCCUCCUGGAGUCCCUGUGUCAUGCCUCUCCCGGUAGCACCUUACUGCUGGGUAUGAAGAGGUUGUCUGUGCAGCUGGUGGACUGCAGGAAAACAACGGGGCUGAGUGGAACUGUGAGAGGAGGAGAAGAGAAGAAAGGAUCAGAUUUGACACAUCAAAGAGAAAGACCAGACUCAGAGGAACCAGAGCCAGGGACGUCCAAACCAGCAAGACGACACCAGUGCUCCCACUGUAGAAAGGGUUGUAACCGGUUAUGGGACCUGAAACAACAUGAGAGAAUCCACACAGGAGAGAAGCCUUACCACUGCUCCCAGUGUGGAAGGAGUUUUAGCCAUAAAGGAAACCUGAACCAACACGAGAGAAUACACACAGGGGAGAAGCUUUACCACUGCUACCAGUGUGGAAAGAGUUUUAUCCAUUUAGGGUACCUGAAACAACAUGAGAGAAUACACACAGGGGAGAAGCCUUACCACUGUACCCAGUGUGGAAAGAGUUUUAAAGAUUUAGGGAACCUGAAAAGACAUGAGAGAAUACACACAGGGGAGAAGCCUUACCACUGCUCCCAGUGUGGAAAGAGUUUUAACGAUUUAGGGAACCUGAAACAACAUGAGAGAAUACACACAGGGGAGAAGCCUUACCACUGCUCCCAGUGUGGAAAGCGUUUUAAAGAUUUAGGGAACCUGAAACGACAUGAGAGAAUACACACAGGGGAGAAGCCUUACCACUGCUCCCAGUGUGGAAAGCGGUUUAACCAGAAAGGACACCUGAAUGAACAUGAGAAUACACACAGGGGAGAAGCCUUAUCACUGCUCCCAGUGUGGAAAGAGUUUUACCCAGUUAUGGAACUUGAAAAGUCAUGAGAGAAUACACACACAGGGGAGAAGCCUUACCACUGCUCCCAGUGUGGAAAUAGUUUUAACCACAAAAGCAACCU